AGAAAAUGUAGUCGUUGAUACAAAUGGAGGAUAGUGUGAAAUUAAAAUAUGUUUAACUACUUUAUCUCUCCAGAUGAGCCCCCACUAUAAAACUAAAACCAAAGCACUAACUAAACACUGCCCAUUUACUCAAAGCCUUUUCUCUCCCCUCCUAUCAAUGGAAGCUCUAAACUUCAUCAAGUUCUGGAGAACCACCACCACCACCACCAAUCCCUUCACCACUAUUGCAUUUCCUAAUCAUCCUGUGGAAAAAGUUGAUGAACUUGAGGAGGAAGACGAAGACUCUUUCUUCGACUUGGAAAUUACUGUUUAUGAUUCUGACGGCAACAAAGACAAAACCGACGCCGACCCAGAAACCAACAAUCACAAAGAAGACAAAACCAUGCCCGAGUCUGCGGAACGCCACCGCAACCCGGCCAAAAAAGUCGGCUUCAGCUUCUUGGAGACAACCCUCUCUCUGUCUCCUAAUGAUCCUAUUUCUAGAAGAAAAAUCCUCCCAAUUGAGCCCAGCUCCAAGCCUCAGUCCCCGAUCGCUCUGUUAAAAUCAUCUCCCAGAUUCCAAGUUCUCAUGUUCAAGAGGUCAAAGUCAGAUUCAAUGCCAACUUCAAAAACAGAGAAAACAAAGUCCAAAAGCUUUUCCAUGGACACCCAGAAGCAGAAAAAGCAAGAAAGCAAGACCUUCUUCACAGUGAAGCUCGGGGUAGAUGAAACUUCAAGUUCAAGCAGCUCACCAUUCAAGAGAGCAAACAGUUUGAGAAAAGCUGAAAGCAAGCUACAAGACCACCAGAUCUCAGAAGGCUCAAGAACAGAGCGAUUCACGAAGGAGGUGAUACAAAAAUACUUGAACCUAAUCAAACCUCUGUACGUCAAAGUCUCAAAAAGAAAUAGCGGAAAGUUAAAGUUCACCGAAGUGUUAUCCGCUCCUUCCCCGUCGUCUUCUCCGGCGACAACGGCUUUGCCUAAGAAGAAGCAGUUGAGGAAGAGCAAAUCAGCAUCUGCGGCGAUCGGAUUGGUAGAGCCAGUAAAUAGGAGAGACGAUUCGCUGUUGCAGCAGCAUGAUGGGAUUCAAAGCGCCAUUCUGCAUUGCAAGCGAUCCUUCAAUUCUUCCAGAGAUUCCUCGAUGUCGCGUUCUAUGGACGAUUCGUUUGAUGAGUUAUCAAGGAAUUCAUUUUCCAGAGAUUCUUCACUGCGGUCACGAUUUGCAAGCGAAACUUGUGAAGAGAAAUCGGUCAAAAAUUGCGUUGAGGAAGGGAAUGGGUUGGUAUAUUUUGAGAGAGAACGCAAGACAUAAUCUUGUUUGAAAUUGACGUAAUAGAUGGAGGGAAUCUAAACAGGGGGUGGGGGGCACGCUCGAACCUCUUCUCCCGUGUCUUGUUGUAAAGAAAAGAAAGAUGAAGAAUCGGAGAGAAUAGGGGAGAAAGUCUUUUGUUUAAUUUGUUUGUCUCGCUUUUGUUUAGUGCUUAGGUGUUUAGCUAUGAUGACCAGUGGGGUGCUGCAGACUCACCUGAUGUCGUCUGUAAAGUGAUAGGUUCAUUAUGAACAGAUAGAAAGAAUUCUGAUAUGGGAUCUUUUGUGGAUGCUGUGUGUCUGUUUGUGGCUUUGGAGCCUGCGUUCGUUCAAUUAAGCUAAGCUUGUGACCUUUUUCUUUUUA